AUGCUUCAGAUCACCCGCGCUCUCGGUGCGAUGCCGCCGCUGUACUCCUACGCCGCUGGCCGGAGGAGACUGCGCUUUAUAAUUUUGGCCAGCGCGCUACUCUUUGCCCUUGCGUUCUUCUUGUUGGGCGAUGUCUCAGCUCCUUUCUCGUCUGUCACUUUCCGCCCCCCAGGCUGGACUCGCAAGCGACCCGCCGGCAAUGCCUCGUCUCACGGCCAACAACACCCCAUCGACGAGCUGAUCGAAGAGGCAAACAGUCGCUUUCGCGGCUUGCUGUCCAAACGAUCGUACACGGUCAGCCAAGCGGCUUCGCGCUACCGAGAGCGCCGGGGCCGCCAUCCUCCUCCGGGUUUCGAGGCCUGGUUCGCACAAGCCCAGAAGGACGGAGCGGUGAUUGUGGAAGAGUUCUUCGACAGGAUACACCAUGACAUCAAUCCAUUUUGGGGGCUCAAUCCCAAGGACUUGCGUGCGCAAGCCACCGUUCAGCCCCAGGUCAUUCGGGUGCGCAACGGCAAAGCCGACUUCGUAACAGACGACCCGAACCGGCAACCAUGGAUCCAACAUUGGACGGAGCUGGUCAAGGACAUGAUGCCGCACCUGCCCGAUCUCGAUAUGGUCAUAAACUUCAUGGAUGAAACCCGAAUUCUCGUCCCUUGGGAGAAAAUUGCCGAGUACAUGAAGGCAGAGCAAGCGAACAGGAAGCUGAUUGAUCCCAAGGCAGCUACCACCGCGUACAGUGGCCUGAAAGAUGUGGAGGGCGAAAAAGCGCCGUACGACCCGGGCUGGAUAUCAGGCGACGCGCCCAAGUUCUGGGAUUACCUGCGCGCUGCCUGUCCUCCCGACUCACCGAGCCGAAACGUCGCUGCGCUUCCUUCCUUUAACGUUUCAAUCGAGUACCCAACCGAGCCAAUGCCGUUCACGUUCAAAGGAUUUAUACAGAACUUCACCCAGGCGCAGGAUCCCUGUCUGCAGCCGCAUCUACGAGGUAUGCAUGGGACCUUCAUCGAAAGUGUCAGCAUGUCGACGACGCGCAGCCUCCUCCCGAUGUUCGCCGGUUCAAAACUGCCCCAGAACAACGAGAUCUUGAUACCAGGUGCCAUGUACCUGUCCGACCGAGAAUUCUACAACGGCGGAGAGACGCACGGCCCCAAUUGGUCCUACAAGAGGAACGGCUUGAUCUGGCGAGGCACUGCAUCCGGCGGACGAAACAAAGAGGACACCUGGUGGCAUUUCCACCGCCAUCGAUUCGUACAAAUGAUGAAUGGAACUACAGUCGGCGCGAUGGAGGCGGGCAACGAGGCCCGUGGGCCAACCUUUCGCCUCCUCCCCAAGGAAAGGUAUUCCUUGCCGUCACAGCUGCAGGGCAAGCUCGGCGAGUGGCUGUCCUCUUUCUCCGACGUCGCUUUCGUGAACCUGGAAUGUCACCCUUACGCAGAGGAAGAAGUCGGCACUGGCGCGGACAAGCACAUGGAAAUGCGCAGGACAUGCCCGUACUCGUCACCAUACAUGGCUAUCCAGCCCGGAAAGCCAAUGAAGGAGCAGUACGAAUACAAAUACUUGCCAGACGUCGAUGGAAACUCCUUUAGCGCACGCUGGAGGGCUUUCCUGCAGUCCACGAGUAUGCCUCUCAAAGCCACCAUCUAUAGCGAGUGGCACGACGAUAGGAUCAUUCCGUGGGUGCAUUUCGUGCCCUUUGACAACUCGUAUGGGGACAUCUACGCCAUCAUGGAUUACUUCCUGGACGGGCGAGACAAGGCGGCGGAAAUUAUCGCCACGGAGGGGAAGAAGUGGGUCGAGCAGGUGUACAGACGUGAGGACAUGAAGCUCUACGUCUGGAGACUGUUGCUUGAGUAUGCCAGAGUGGUCGAUGACAAGAGAGAUAUUCUGGCGUUCAUUGAGGACCUGAAGUAG